AUCUGCAAUCGGCACUAAUAAAACAGAAGCGUCGUAGAAGUUUCCUCUAGAUUAUAAAUGAAUUAGCAUUGAAAUACUGGUGCGAAGAGAAUUCCCUAAAUUCUAAAAUGGCCAAAAAAGGUGAUAGUUUGAGUGAUAUUGAUUGUCCACAGUUUGUAGACUUCGCUGCGGGACUUACUGAGCAGGAAGAUGAUAUAUUCUUCGAAAUGGCAAAACAGAAAAAUUGUACCCCAGUUAAUGCAGAUCCACGCAUUGGCAGUAGAGCUGUAUCUACAAGAUUCAAUCAACAGCAAAGUAAAAGGCUGUUUGACAAAAACCAGAGAUCUUCUAGGGUCAUGAGCACUGAAAUGUAUUCUAAAACACCCAAACCAUCGGCACAAACUGUGAAAGAACGACUUGAGCGAUCACCAUGUGUUAAUUUAGAGCGCGGACCACCUUAUGAAAUCAAAGAAGAAAGGCACAUAAGAAGACGGUCACAAAGCGAAAAUAAUGUUGAAGAGACUGUAAAACAGGUUGGAAUUGCGCUGCCCAAUCAGCACAAGAGAAGUUUGUCAGCUGAUGAUGUUCGCAUCAGAAGGAAAGGACUUACAUAUCCUACUACUCCAUUGUGUUUGAAAAGACCUAAACGAGCAAAAGAAAUUAAAUCCACUGAGCAAUUGGAGCUUGAAAAAAUAGCACAGCUUCAAAAAGAAUUAAGUGAUCACUUAAGAUAUAAUGCAAUGUCAAUGAGACGUUCAGGACUGAGAAAGAGGGUAAACCUCCCUUGUACUGAAUUACCUGAGGAAGCUCCUGGUUUAUUCAAAUUACCUGAACCACCAAGAGAAGAGAAAUUCAAUUGUCCCACAAAAACAAGUGUUUUUAAUAAAUUGAAAAGGAUUGAAGACGUCAGAUCUAAAAUUAGAAACUCAAAAGCAGCUGCUCAGUUUCUUGCACCUCCAACAUUCCAAAAUGAUAAAAGUAGCAAUUCAUCUACCACUUCUUAUUCAUCUAGAACUGAUACUGAAAAAAGUAUAGAAGUAGUACCUAAAAGAACAUUUGGAGCUAAAAAUACUGACCUCCAUUCUGGAUUCAAGCUUUCCUCAAACUUUCAGAAAAUGACUAUUGUGAAACCUGUUGCCUUUGAGAAGCCUAAGGAAGGAAGUUCUAAGGCAGUGAACAAACCCUUCCUUCCAGAUCCUCUGAAUAUUCCAUCUAGGAGCAACAUGAAAGAAAAUCUCCCGUCGAGAACAAAUACUGAUGUUGGAGGUCACAGAAAGGAAUUGCUAUCUAAACAUUUUCUUGUGGCUCCAACAUUGCGAAAAGAUAUUGGUUCUGAAAAAGAAACUAGAAAUUUAUUUAAUUAUUCUUCUAACAAUUCAUCUACUAUCUCUUGUGGUUCUCAAACUGAAGCCGAAAAAAGCAAAGGAGCAGUACCUAAAAGAGCACUUGGAACUAGAAAUGCUGGCUUCCAUUCCGGAAUCAAGUUCUCAGACAACUUUUCAAGAGUAACUGUUGUGAAACCUGUUGGCCUUGAAAAUCUUAAGGAAGGAAGUUCUAAGGCAGAGGAUGAACCCUGCCUUCCAAACCCUAAGAAUGUUCUAUCAACUAGAAACAUGAAAGAAAAUGUUCCAUUGAGAAAAAAUAGAUGUUAGAGGCAUCGAAAAGAAACUGCAGAAAUGUACUGUUUUUAUCUCAACUUUUUGAUGUUUUUGAAAAUAUAUAUUGCUAUGUUUUAUAUGUAGUGUUUAGAAAUGUUUUAAAUUUUGUAAAGAUAUUAUUUUAAUAAAAUUUUGUGAAAUG